AUGUCAACUUUCCAGAACACCACCACUUCUUCCAUCAUUUUCCUGCUCACUGGUGUGCCUGGGCUGGAAGCCUUCCAUGCCUGGAUCUCCAUCCCCUUCUGCUUUCUCUACACAACUGCUCUCUCAGGGAACAGCCUGAUUCUCUUGGCCAUUAUCACUCAGCCCAGUCUCCAUGAGCCCAUGUAUUAUUUCCUCUCCAUGCUGUCCACCACUGACCUCGGGCUGUCCAUAUCCACUCUGGCCACCAUGUUGGGCAUAUUCUGGUUCAAUGCCAGGGAGAUCAGCUUCAAGGCCUGUUUGUCACAAAUGUUCUUCAUUAAACUCUUCACUGUAAUGGAAUCCUCAGUGCUGUUGGCCAUGGCUUUUGAUCGUUAUGUGGCCAUCUCCAAUCCCCUUAGGUAUGCCGCUAUUUUAACUGAUUCGAGAAUAGCUCAGAUUGGGGUGGCAAUUGUCAUGAGAGGGACUAUAACGCUGACACCAAUGGUUGCACUUCUUAAGAGACUCACCUUCUGCAGCAGCCAUGUGCUCCACCACUCCUACUGCUUCCACCCCGAUGUCAUGAAGCUCUCAUGCACAGACACCAGGAUCAACAAUGCAGUUGGACUGACUGCCAUGAUUUCUACUGUUGGUGUAGACUCGGUCAUCAUCCUCCUUUCCUAUGUCCUGAUCAUUAGAACUGUCCUCAGCAUUGCUUCCCCAGAAGAGAGGAAGAAAGCCUUCAGCACGUGCAUCUCCCAUAUCGGGGCUGUAGCUAUAUUCUAUAUUCCAUUGAUCAGUCUGUCCUUUGUCCACAGAUUUGGGAAACGAGCUCCACCCUAUGUCCAUACCAUGAUUGCUAACACCUACCUGCUGAUCCCUCCUGUUAUGAACCCAAUCAUCUACAGUGUGAAGACCAAGCAGAUACGUAAAGCUAUGAUAAAAGUUUUCCGCUCUAAAGAAAUAUAG